UUCACAAUCCAGCAAGCCACAAGAGGCAGCUGCUGCUUCUGCUUGCCUGCCUGGCUGCAUCUGCAGGCUAGCAUCGAUCGCACACCAGAGUGCUCGAUCAGCCAACCAAUCAAUCCAGCAGCCAUCCGGCGUCAGCCUCCGCGCCGACUGGCCGGAUCCUUCUCAGCGGCGGCACGCCAUGACCAAGCAAAAGAUCGUGAUCAGGGUGAGCCUGGCGAGCGAGAAGACCCGGUCCAAGGCCAUGGCGCUGGUCGCCAGAGCGGACGGGGUGAGCUCGAUGGGGGUUACCGGCGACGGCAGGGACCAGCUGGAGGUGGUCGGCGACGGCGUCGACACCGUCGGCCUCGUCCAGUGCCUGCGCAAGAAGAUCGGGCACGCCGAGAUCCUCAAGGUGGAGGAGGUGAAGCCGGCGGAGAAGAAGCCCGAGGAGAAGAAGCCGGAGCCGCUGCCGGACUGGUGGUGGUACCACAAUUACUACCACUACCACCCGCCGCCGCCGUGCUGGUGAGGUGGCCCCGGUGGUCGCCAGCCAGCCAUGGAAGCGGCGGCCGUUUUUGAUGUAUUACUAGUUGGGAAUUGGAAUUCAGCUCGUGCUCGCCUUAUAUUUGUAUUCGAGCUGUUCUGUAUUUGGGUGAAAACAAAAAAAAGGCAAAAGACGGUUACUUGUCCAUAUUUGAUCUGUUCUCA